GAGAGGAGGGGAAGGGGACGGGAUAUAAAGUUCAGUUCCUGUAUCAAUCAGGAACCUUGGGAUGUCGGGAUUUAUUUUAGCUCCAGGUUCACGAAUCGUCCAUGCCGAUCAACUCUCCCUCUUCCAAACAUCACUCGGGGAGAGAGAGAGAGCCAGCUUUGAAUAUUACAACCGUACAACGUCCCUCGACAUCUGUUUCUUUCCGUUACCCCGGGGCAACAGGAAAAUUCAGUAUAAAUCAGCGACUUGAAGUCAAUCUCGCGGAGCAGGGGUCAGUCUGCCAAUCGCGAAAUAUCGUCAGUGCACGAAUCGACCUUGACAAGCUCUCUACGGUACCAUACAGAGUAAUAUGGCCUCAACACCGUGAUAUUUACCCUGCGCUUGCACUCACGACCACAACUCGACCAAAACCUCACGACUUCUUCCUUUGCCUUCAACCGCGCGCCUUGGUAACGAGUCAUCCGGGCAUUAUCGCACCUAUCCGCGGCCGAAACAUCACACAAGGAGGGUCCCGGAGUGAGACAGAGCGGGGGCCACAGGGCUUUUGCUUCUUUUCCUCGUGAAGAGCAAGCAUCGUCGGGUCUCUCUCCAUUUCGAAAACUUGGGCUCUUCCCGACCUGCUUCAUCCAGAGCCACAAUGGCGUCGUCACCGCGGACUCCCGGGCAUAGCAGGGACCCUUCGAACGUCGACCUCUCCCCUGCAACGCCCCUCGCUGAUGGCAGUCACUCGAGACAGCUUUCUAAAUCCUCGAUGCACUCGCCCAGUACACCGGGUCGGCCAGGUUACAAUCGGUCAGAUUCUAUUGGGGGAGAU